AUGGUUAAGCUGGACAAUCAGUCAGUGGUGGAACAGUAUAGUCGCCUGGUGAAGAAUCGUCGGGACACCUUACCGAGGAAGCGAUUCAGGAGUACAUAUGCAGGUAUCUGGGCGGUGCUUUGGCAGGUUGUGGAAUCUCGGCCAGGCAGGGUCGAAGUGAUGUGGGUCAAAGGACACAGCAACAUCCAUGGAAACGAGCUUGCGGAUCAGGCGGCGAAGGUGGCAGCACAGAGUGGUUCGGUGCCCGUGAUGGUGGAUCUCACUCAACAGACGGAUAUCACGGCCUUUGCACAUUGUUACGGCGGGCUUGUUGAAAUCGAUCUACGUCAGCUCCUCAAACAACAAUCGACAAUCCGUCACCAUCAAGCCUGGACAUCACAGAGACGGGUCAAGAGGGCGAUCCCUGACAUCGAUGACGUGGAAUGGAACUCGACCUUGGCGUAUGUCCACGACAGACAUGCAGUCUUCACUUUUUACAGCAACAGCAAGGACACCCAUCAACGAACACAUCACAUCAAAAAGCUGCAUGGAAUGCUGCCCACUCUGAACUCCAUGCAGGCUCGCAAGCCCAACCUGUACCCAACAUGCGUAUGCCGACGAUGCGAGCUCGAGAAGGAGGAUAACGAUCAUGUCUGGAAAUGCCCCUUGGCAGCUGAGACCACCACUGAGAUCUAG